AUGAAAUCUUCGAUAUUUUUUGCAAUCAUCUUUGGUUUACUGGUACCUCUCGUUCAAGUCCAAGGCCAUAUUGUAUGGAUACAAAACAAGGUAGUAUGGAAUACUAUUACUGAGACUUCGGCCGUCAUCGUAGACAAUCAAGGAAAAUGGAAUUAUAUCGAUGACAAUAGGGCAUUUUCUCACGAAGGUUAUCAUUUGGAAAUCCCUGAUGAUAUAGAAGCAUUUUCGCUUGUUUUCAUAGUUGAUUAUAGACGUUUUGAAUAUAAAAUGAUCAACGUCAAAAAUGAAGGGGAUCAAUGUUGGCACUAUCAUGGUAAUAAAUAUGAAUGGGAAGUAUAUCCAUGUCCGUAG